AUGAGCAAGCUAUUCGCUGCGGCUUCAUUUCAGUGGACGUUCCGAAGGGUAAGCUAUGAAAACAGAUUUUGAUUGUUUACAAUAACUAUAUUCGCAAAUAUUCACACUCAUUCCCUCACACACGCAGCUUAAAGGCUCGUAGGUACAACCUGAGAGUGAGCAGAAGGCGAAAUAAAUAAAAUAACGAUUAAAUUGAUGUGCAUCAACGUCGCGUGUUUGGUUGUAGCUUUGUAUGCGGAACAGUGUCCGCCUUUUCCAUCCUUGUGGAAACUAGCUCUGAUUCGAACAGCUUUUUUUCUUUCUUAAACCACUUUUUCCUCGUUAAGACAAGAAAAAAUCCACUUGUGGUUCUGAAUUAUUGAAAGGUAUGUAAUUUUCCAGGAAGCCCAUGCUCAAUCUUUGAUCGUCUAUUCGUAAUAUGUCAGUAGCAGAACGCUAUUAAAGUGUGCUAAAACGUUAAAUAUGUUUUUACUUGUUUACAUCAGUAGUUUGGCUAUGCCUUGCAGCUCCAUGUGCCUGAAGUUGCAUCUAAAAGCAUCAGCACCGAAAUGUUGAAAAUCGAGCAGGUCGUCGUGGGGAGUGAGGGGAAAACCAUCCCUAAGGAAAUCAAAAAGGAGAUCGUGGUUGGACCUGUGCAGUCAUGUAAGCCUGUGUUUUUCCACAUACUUCACACCUUUUACUUUGUUUUUAAUCUAGUCCAAGCUGUUAAAUCUCAUUGUCAUUAUUAACACAAUGUCUAUAACAAGUGUCAUCCCAUUGAACUUUAGAUCACCAUGAGAGUCUGCAGUGUUUUCAGUGUUUCAUCACUUUCUGCAACUCCAAAGCCAAGGAAAGACACAUGAGGAAGAGUCAUAGAGAACUAUACAAGAUGCAGCUGCAGGAGGUAAGGAGAUCAAAGUAGGAAUUAUGAAGUCUUAUGUAGGGAUGUAACGAUAUGAAAAGUUAACAUCACGAUUAUUGUGACCAAAAUUAUCACGGUUAUCAAUAUUAUCACAGUCAAUAUGUUCAAAAUGUUUAAAAAGUACUUAUACACGCCCUGAAAUCAUUUAACAAAGUUUUGUUUUGAAAAAAACAAUUGAAAUAACAUGCAGAAUGAACUUUUCCUUAACCUCAAAUAACAGAGAAACGAUAAGCUUAAAAAAAUUAAAGAUAGGACCUUAAAAGAGCCAGAGGUAAUCAACACUAGUACUAGUAAUAACAAAGUACAAAGUAAUGUGUCAGUGGCAUAAAGUGGUUUCUGGGAUGCACAAAAGCUUCCUGGCAACCCUUUGUAGAAGCCAAAAUACGCCCACACUUCCGACUUUGUUUUCUUUGACAGUGGAAAAAUCUCUGCAACACGGUCAGCAGAACUGCCCUCCGCCAUGUUUACAAGUUGUAUACUGCGCCAUGUGCGCAGCAUGCCUGUGUCUGAAGGACUGCUGCUUGCGGCUGCUCUUCUCAGCACUGAGCAGUAUCACUGUGAGCUUUUCCAUAGUGCGGCAAUCAAACACGGUUUUAAUGGUAAUUAAAAUUUGAAACAGUAGUACUUACUGUCAGACAUUUUACCACGGUUUAUCCUUUUACCAGUAAUCGUUACAUCCCUAGUCUUAUGUAUAUGUAAUCAUUAUAGGUGGAAAUGGAUGUGUAAUUUUUUUGUUUUCCCCCUAUAAGAGAAGCUUCAUUUGAUUAAGAUUUUUGUAUAUGAAACUCGUUUUCUGAUCCAUCUUUUGCAGACUGAUACAAUCUUCACAUGCUAUCAGUGUGACAAAAGCUUCUCCUCCUCUGAGUUGCUCAGCGAGCACCAGGCCACCCACAGUACAGAGGAGAAGCCUUUCCGCUGUGGCUACUGCCAGAAAAACUUUUUAACUUACGCUGAGGUAAGCAAGCAGGGGUUACGUGCUGAACUGUUUGGGGCUCCAAAAUUCAAAAGUAGUUGUUCUAAGAUAUUUGUGAAUGUAUUACAGGUGAAUAAACACAGACGAGCAGACUGCAUAGAGCGACGGUUCCCCUGCGAGCAAUGUGGCGCCUUGUUUCCCAGCCCUGCUCGAGUUCGCCACCAUCGCAUCACAGUGCACCCCCAGAGCUCCAUGGCCUGUGGUACCAACACCUACAAGUGCUGUAAAUGUAGACGUAGUUUUCAGACAGAAGAGGAGCUCCUGAAGCACCAGGAAAAAUAUGCUGAAAAUGUCAAGUGUGGCCUUAUACCUUUAGUCAAAAAACGUGGCCGUAAACCGAAGAAUGCAGCUCAUGAAGAGAUAAUUGAAUGCAAGAAGAUCAAAGUAGAAGAGGAUUCAGAAGAGGGAUAUGGUGACUUUGCACCUGAGGAAUGCCCAUCCACUCUGCAAACAGAGCUCAAGAUUCCCUGUCCUGAAGAUUACUGUGACCUCGUAUUCUCUUCUGUUACAGCCCUCCGGGCACACAAGAGAAGGGAACAUGGACCUCCCCCUGGUGAGCCUCACACAUGCACAGAGUGUGAUGAGAGCUACGCUCAACUUGAGCAGCUCCAGGCUCACAUGUCCAAGGCUCAUUGCUCUGAAUACACCUGCCCCACCUGCCAGGAGGGUUUUUUAACAGAGGGUGAUCUAAAGAUCCACCAGGACACCCACACUGGUGGAGAGGAGGUAGCAGAAAAAAGAUAA